AUGUUGUUGAGGAACUCCAUCGCUUGCGUUGUACUACUAAUUAUACUACAACUUACAACAUCGGAGGAGAUAAUAGCUUACAUAGCCGAACAUGAUGAUGAUGAGGGCAUAAGCAUUUAUCGACAUCUGAAAGUACUGCAAAAGUACCGUUCCCAGGCCUUCGGACUGCAUAAUAUCACUCUGGAGCACACUGCCAUUACGAAUGAAACAUCUCCAAAGGAGCGUGAGCAAUCUGUUCUUUUGGAGCAUCGUUGA